CUCCUGCAGUGUCUCAUUUUCUUGGACGACCCACAAGCCGUGAGCGACAUCCUGGAGAAGCUAGUGAAGGAGGACAACCUUCUCAUGGCUUACCAGAUCUGUUUCGACUUGUACGAGAGCGCCAGCCAGCAGUUCCUCUCCUCAGUCAUCCAGAACCUCCGCAGCGUUGGCACCCCCAUUGCUUCCGUGCCCGGAUCUACCAACACGGGGACGGUGCCCGGGUCCGAAAAAGAAGGAGAGAUGAUGGAGACAGAAGAGAAGAAAGGCAGCCCGGUUGCUUCUGUGAAGUCAGCUCAGACGAGUCCAGGAACGAAAGACCAGAUUCCAAAAAUGAUCAAGAUUUUAAGUGGGGAAAUGGCCAUUGAAUUGCACCUCCAGUUUUUAAUACGAAACAACAAUACAGACCUCAUGAUUCUAAAAAACACAAAGGAUGCGGUGCGGAAUUCGGUGUGUCACACCGCCACCGUUAUCGCAAAUUCCUUCAUGCACUGUGGAACAACCAGUGACCAGUUCCUUAGAGACAAUUUGGAGUGGCUUGCAAGGGCUACUAACUGGGCCAAGUUUACUGCUACAGCCAGCCUUGGUGUCAUCCAUAAGGGUCACGAGAAGGAAGCUCUUCAGCUGAUGGCAACGUACCUGCCCAAAGACACGUCUCCGGGGUCUGCCUAUCAGGAAGGAGGCGGCCUCUACGCCUUGGGGCUCAUCCACGCCAACCAUGGUGGCGACAUCAUCGACUACCUGCUGAACCAGCUCAAGAAUGCCAGCAACGACGUACGUGCCACACCUCACGGCAG